AUGGGGAUGAGUUGGAGGAAGCCGAAUUGGAAAAAGGUGUUGAACUAUUUUCAAUCGGUUCGUAUAGAAAUAGACUACAAAGUCCGGACGUAUGGACCGGGGUGUUUACUCUGGGGGUUAUUGAUUGUGCUUCAAUUUGCGAUCAUCGGAGUGAUCUUGAAAGUUAACAUCAAUGUGAUUAUCCAAACGGAGACGAUUAAACAGUAUUAUAACGACUCACAACUUCCGACGACGUAUUCACUUCAAUUGCCUAAUAUCGCCUUUUUGGCUAGGAAGCCUAUGAAAGACAGCCUUUAUUAUGGACAGGGAAAUGCAACAUUUGAUUACACAUCAGUUGCUGGGUAUUAUUUAUCUUUGAUGUACACAAGUUAUUUACACGAGAAUGUCAACCUUGCAUCAAAUAAUUAUGUUACAGUCAAUGGUGAUGGUCUUGAUGGUGUUGUGGAGAGUUUGUGUGGUGCUGAAAACAAGUCUCCCAAGAUGAAGAAUUACUGUGACUAUUAUAGUAAGUUUGGUGGGUAUAGUGGCCUCCCAUAUGAUGUAAUGGCAGAGAGUGGACAAACAAUUACUGUUCAAGUCCUGAAGAAUUUGUCAUCAUUCAACGAUUUGAAUUCGAGUUGGAGUGAUGUGAGUAAGAUGAAUGUGAGUGUGAAUAUGUCUUAUGAUGUCCAUUUAUACAACCCAACGGAUAUAAAGCAGUUUUUGUACCACAAAAAUCUUCCACUUGUAAUGAGUGUGGCAUACUACAAGCGGUGUCGCAAUGUUGGCAAUGUUUCUGAGCCAAAUGUGAGAUGCACCCGAGCACAGGGUCCUGACGGCAAAUAUAAAACGGAUCAAUUGCACUUCCACGAAGGAGACGUCUCUUCUGCAAUCAUUGUUGGCUGGAACGAUGAAGGGUUUAUCAUACGAGGGCAACAACUUGGGCACACCAAAGAAUAUUACUUAGGUAUGAUCAGUGCGACGGAAGACAUGUUUUAUUGUGGCAACACAUUUUCAUUCGAUUCGUGGAUUUCGUAUUUUGAUGAACUCAAAAGUGUAUUUCCACCGACCCGUCUGAAAUUCAAUGUGAACAAUUCAGACCAAUUUCCAGAUGUCAUCGAAUUACUUAAAAACGACGAUGUAAAUCAAACGUAUUAUAUCUGUGGGGAUGGCAAACAACCCAAAUUCAACAAUGGAAAGAUCACACUUAAAAGGGAGAAUGAGGAUGAGUGUGCCUUAGAAAUCGAAGGAUGGCCAGAAAAGAUGGAAACCAUUUUCUAUCCCGAAAUCCAUCCCCACGGAAACUCCGAAUUGGAAAGAUGCUUCUAUGGUUUAAUGCCUUAUACCACAUACUUCGACUAUUACUCACAUUCUCAAGACAAUUAUGGCAUACUCGGCAUCAAGUCGUACAAUUUUACUUUCAAUAAAGCAACCGUUGAACAAGCGUAUUACUCCAAGUACAACGAGUCAUAUACCGAGGGGGCGUAUUUCAUUGUCAACAAAAAGAAAUCGUAG